AACGACUCGGAAAACCGAACAUGAAUAAAUAUAAAAAAGCAUAAAGAAAGGCAAAAGCCACCUUAUCGGAAUGCGUGUUGUUGCCGUGAGGAAAAUAAUAAAAUAAAUACGUAAAGUUGCGAGCCGCAGUUCGAAGACAAACGAAAUUUCCUCCCGGGCGAGUGAUAAAAACAAAAACAUACACAAUCGGCACCGAAGGAUUAUUAUUUUGAACCGAAAAGGGGUUCGGUUCGAGAGUUGGUCUCCCAAACGACUGGGGAUCCUCCCAAGCUUCUAAUGGAAAAUAUUGUGCUGAAAGAGGCAAUAAUCAUGGCCAGCAGCACCAACAGCAACAAUAUGUGUCGGUUGUGCUUAUCUGCGAAUGGGAUUACCGAGCCCAUUUGCUAUGACCAGCGUGAUCAGUUUUUGCUGCAGAAAAUCUACGAAUGUACUACGCUUCAGAUAUCGCCACUGAACGGCAUCCCGUCAUCCCUCUGUACCCUCUGUAAGGCGCGACUAGACGAGUUCUACCAGUUCCGCUGGCAGUGUAUCAAGAACGAUGAAAUUAUCCGCAGAAUUGCGGACAGCUUCCACAGUAAUAAGCCAACGGUGGUCGAUUCGUCCGCGGCGUCACCGAUAACCUCGCAAAGUCCUAGUCAAAACCCGAAACAGGAAGUGAUCGAUCUGCACCCGACCGAGGUCCCAACUGUGGUUGACGGACGUUCGUCUACAGAAUACAACAGUGGCAGCGGCGGGGAGGAACGUAGGGUUGAUGAACGGGAGGUGAUCAUUGGAUAUGGUGAACAUAUGGAUCAUUCUAUGGGAGUUAGACCACAUCAGGAGGGUUAUAGUUUAGGAGAGCAAGGUCAUCCUGGCCACGGUCAGUACGCUAUCGGUCCAAGCGUGGUUCCAUACAAUGGAGAACAUGCGCCAGGAUUUCAUCCGGAGCAUAAAUACUCAGAACCGCACCAAUAUGACUUCUCGGAUUUUCGGAGGAAACGUGGUCGGCCACCGAAGCAAAAAUACGAUGUGUAUCACCACCCUAUCGUGAAAUACGACGAGAGUUCUAUUGAUACGAAGAGUUCGGCUCAUGUACCAUCAAGUUCCAUGUCACAAGAGUCGGGAUCCAUUCUCACCUAUGGGGAAGGUACUUCGAGGGGUAGCGAAUAUCAACAUGGACCGGUGUACGGUGAGUGGAAUCCUCAGACCAAAAUCAAACUAGAGCAGAUUGAUCAUCAGCAAGUUCGAUAUGACGAACAAGAGCCAACCUCUCCAGAAGAGCAUGAUCAAAAACUUCAAGUAACUAGUAACAUUCAGACUGUAGUGAAUCCUGACGGGUUCGUGAAACGAAGUCGUGGACGCCCUCCGCGGGAAGGCGGUUGUCCAAAUCAGGAUAGAGCUGAGUACCGUUUCCAGUGCCAAUACUGCGACGCCAGGUUCAAAGCGGCCAUAAAUUUGAAAUUGCAUACUAAUACUCAUACUGGCGAGAGACCGUACAAGUGCCAGCUGUGCGAUAAGUCCUUUGCUCAUCCUAGCAAUUUGAGCGUUCAUACGAAACUCCACACUCAGGAACGCGUUAAACGAGAAGGCGUUCCGUCGGAGAAGAAGUUCCAGUGCCCAUACUGCCAUACGCUUUUUGCUUUGGCAUUCCAGCUCAAGAUUCACAUAAACACACACACCGGACAAAAACCAUACGUCUGUAAAAACUGUGGAAAGGGAUUUGCCCAGCCAAGCAAUCUGCAUGUGCACAUCAAGAAGCAUUGCCACAAACGGACCGAGUACCAGGAGCAACAGAACCCAAGUGAACAACACCAUUCUCCCGAGCACCUGGCUUCUCAGCAUAUAAACCAUCAACCGCAGCAUCAUCUACCACACGAGCAGCACUAUCAUCCUGUCCAGAUGGCACAGCAUCCUCCAGUUGUUCCUCAACAUCCGCAGCCAUCGCUGUCCCAUCAGCAGCACUCACCUCUUCUACAGACCGCCCAAGCCAUCGAUCCCAGUGUCCCUCUGAAUCACACUCCUCCCCAACAAGCAGAUCCAGUUGAACCGGAGUCCCCUCCAUCCGAAAAACAUCAAGAAACUUCCUCCUGCCAACCACCGCCCCACACGGCGAUGGGCUUGGCUUCGGUCAUGUUGGUUUAGAAAACAUUGGCAAAGGGUGCAGAGCUACUUUGGCACUUCCAUGAUUCACUUUGGCAUGGGGGAUUUUUCUCGGCCGAAUGGUCUAAAACAUUGUAAUAAGAAGCACUUCAAUACGACGCAUAUUGUAGCCUUGAAAAAAAAAACACAGCCGAAGUAAAUCAAAUGUGCCAAGAAUAGGAUUCAGCUCCUGGCAUGAUCUGUGCAAUUGCGUUACGUAACCUGUAACGCGUUAGAGCCAACUACUAGUAAUCAAGAAUCAAAAAUCGACAUGCAAAACGCAAACGGCAUAAUAGUUUUAGGGCACCUAACAUAUUCAAAAUGUGUAGGUUAUAGGAACAAUGUUCAUUUAACUUUUAUGGAACAAUCUGUUUUCGACGUACUAUAUUAAUUUUCAUAUAUACGAUGUAAUAUCUGUUGGACACAUAAUAAAUAACAAAACUAACA